GUUGUUGACGACGACGAAUACGAAGGUAAACCUUGCCAAUACAGUUCUGCUCCUUCCGUGACAGUACCUUUUGCGCAGCUCACCUCUGACCCUUCCGCAGUCCAACCCCAAACAGGCGAAGGCAUACACUGGACACGUAACACGACGAUCACAUCCUAUUUUCCUCAAGAUUUCUUUCCACUUUGUUGUAACUCUCACCCUUCCACCUCCUGAACACGAGAUAAACCUCUACACCUCCAAAAAGCGACCAGGAUGAUGUCCUCGUCGGAAGCGAGCACAAGCUCGUUCAACCUUGGUCCCCUACAACCUUUGAAAACACAUUACACUCGGCUCAAUAGACAGUAUCGCUCGUUACUUGAUCGUGCGGCGCCACACCUUGCUUAUCGCUGGCUCGGGACGGCAGGACUGGUUAUGGUGUUUAUGCUGAGGAUCGUCUUUGCGCAAGGGUGGUAUAUUAUAUGCUAUGCACUCGGCAUAUACCUCUUAAAUCUGCUCCUCGCCUUCCUCCAGCCCAAAUUCGACCCCUCGCUCGAAGCGGACCUUACUGCAGAUGAAAUUGAAGAAGGUGGUGCAGAUACAAUCCCGUCGCUUCCAUCGCAGAAGGAUGACGAAUUCAGGCCUUUUGUGCGUCGUCUCCCAGAGUGGAAUUUCUGGCUCUCGUCAACUCGCGCAACGUUCAUCGCUUUGCUCUGUACAUUCUCAGAAUCAUUCGACAUACCAGUCUACUGGCCUAUCCUCGUAAUCUACUUCUUCAUCCUCUUCACGCUUACGAUGCGUAGACAGAUUCAACAUAUGAUCAAGUACAAGUAUAUCCCCUUCGACUUUGGUAGAAAAGUACGGUAUGGAUCGAGGUGAAUGUUGUGGUGUAAUUGAUGUACGUAGGGAGCGAGGAAAGGGGUGACUGCUAUGAUAUUUUUCGUACAGAUUAUUCAGGAAGGCUAGGUUUAUAAUUUUAUGGUUUGGCGACACCUAUAUGAUUUCGUUUCAUACUCUUAGAGUAAUUCUAUUG